AUGGAUACGCACUUUUUCGCGGGUCUGACAAAGUUUAAACUUGAUGCGGGAAAGUUCCGUCGGGACGACGAUUUCUCCGAUCGAUUCAGUCACACGUUUACCCCACUACUCUUGGUGAUCUUCACCCUCGUCAUUUCAGCUCGGCAGUACAUUGGUAAACCGAUCGCCUGUUGGGUCCCGACAGAGUUCACACGUGCUCAAGAGGAGUAUGCUGAAUCUGUUUGUUGGGUGACCAGCACGUACUUCAUACCCACCAGAGAAGUUAAUGUGCCCGUAAACUUAGCGGACCGUGAAGACCGAAAGAUCCAUUACUAUCAAUGGGUUCCAUUCAUACUGAUGAUACAGGCCUUCUUGUUCAAUCUGCCCUGUAUUGUAUGGCGGCUUUUCAACUGGCAAUCAGGUAUUCAUCUUUCAAGCAUCAUGGAGGUCGCUUGUGAGAUAGAAAUGAUCAAAGAUCCGGAAACGCGCAAAUCCAAUGUGACUUACGUGGCCAGACACAUAGAAGAUGCCCUAACGACUCAAAGAGAGUACCGGUCUGGCUGUGGAGUAAAGUGCCGUCAUUUUUUGGCUCGCAGCUGCUGCCUAUGGUUUGGAAAACGCUACGGCAAUUAUCUCAUAUGCCUUUACUUAAUCACCAAAUCUUUGUACAUUCUCAAUGUGGUGGGACAAUUUUUCUUCAUGAAUCGGAUACUUGGGACAAACUACACGUUCUACGGUAUAGACCUCCUACGCGAUAUUGCCGAGGGAAUUGUUUGGCAAGAAUCGGGGAAUUUUCCACGAAUUACUCUCUGUGAUUUUGAAGUUCGAAAACUGGCUAACGUACACCGUCACACAGUACAAUGUGUGCUCCCGAUCAAUAUGUUUAACGAGAAGAUUUUUAUUUUCCUAUGGUUCUGGUUUAUACUUGUGGCUGCGGUGAACACAAGCAGUUUUCUUUACUGGUCUUACAAAUCUAGUUUCCAGGGCAACCGAGUCCACUUUAUUAGGAAAUUUCUCAAACUUCGUGACGCUCUUGAGCCCGGAGAUAAAAAACGAACUGCUGCUUUUGUGGAUUCAUACCUACGACAGGAUGGGGUGUUUAUACUACGAUUGGUUGGACUUAAUGCUGGGGAGUUGGUUGCCUCGGAGAUAGUCGAAAGGCUCUGGAGUUUGUACAAAUCAAGACAGACAGUGUCGGUUAGCCGAUUUGGACAGCCUGGUUCCAUGCAAGAUAUUGGGAAAUCCGGAACACUGAGUCCCAGAUCUUUUCUACCUCAUCAGCAACGUUCUAAUCAUCAACACCAUUCACACCACAGACAUUAUCCUAGCCCGACACCUAGUGGGAAUCAGCGAAGUAGCCGGUCUUCCUUACCCAGUAGUCCGAAUCAGGAGUUGGUAUCUCCAAGUCAGCCGCCUCCACCACUAUACCCUUCUCAUCUGGGGAGACAGAAGAUUCCUACUCCCAUAGGUUUUGAAUCACCACCACCACCGCCACUCCCUCCGUCUUCGAGAAGCACAGCUCCACCACCAUUACCACCUCCGCCUCCACUGGGAGGAAGCGAGGGGAGAAGAAGCAGUUCAUCUAACAGCCGGAGUCAGUCAUCUACAGUUGGAGACAGUGAUAAACAUUCCGUACGUCUCAGGUCAACUUACGGAUCCAGCGGGCCUAGCACGAGUCGAACUGGGGAAGUACUCAAAUCCGGUGACACCGGUCGAACAGGUGCACCCAAGAGUGGUUCCAGCAACGCAGCAUUUUCAUCAAGUAAGUCCGAACUCCCACGAGUCAAUCAAAACGAAGAGGAUCCUGGAGAAUUUGUGUAG